AUGAGCUGCCAUUUUUCCAGAUCGACAUCGAUUGCUUCACUGUUCGUCGUCGGGUGUAUUGUCGGACCUACAAUCGCCGGAAGACACCCGAUAGUCAACUCGCGGCUCGAAUCGCCGCCUCAUUAUCUACGGGUUUCAUCCCCGUUUUCCCCAUAUCUGAUGGCUUCACCGUCUCAAGCUAGCCUCCUUCUUCAGAAACAGCUCAAAGAUCUGUGCAAAAACCCUGUGGAUGGUUUUUCUGCUGGUUUGCUGGAUGAGAGCAACCUGUUUGAAUGGAGUGUUACCAUAAUCGGACCUCCAGACACUCUUUAUGAAGGGGGUUUCUUCAAUGCGAUCAUGACUUUCCCCUCGAACUACCCAAAUAGUCCCCCUACUGUGAGAUUUACCUCAGAGCUUUGGCAUCCUAAUGUUUACCCUGAUGGGAAGGUUUGUAUUUCAAUUCUUCACCCCCCUGGAGAUGAUCCAAAUGGCUAUGAGCUUGCUAGUGAGCGGUGGUCUCCUGUCCACACGGUGGAGAGCAUUGUUCUAAGCAUCAUAUCAAUGCUGUCAAGCCCUAAUGAUGAAUCUCCGGCCAAUGUUGAAGCUGCUAAGGAGUGGAGAGAACAAAGAGAUGAUUUCAAGAAGAAAGUUAGUCGAUGCGUGAGAAAGUCACAAGAAAUGCUGUGA